CCACAGAAAAAUUCAGCCCCCUCAACUUGACCUAUCAACCCUCUCUCUCUCUUUCCAUCCUCUUUUCUCCUCUUCCUCCCUCUAAUCAACUCAUCUCAUUGCACCAGAACCAUCAAACAUAGCAUUCCUCGUACUUCCUACAAUCUCAACAAAGAUUUUGUUACUUGCACUUCUGAUAAAAUAACUAGGACCCAGCGCCAACAACACAUCCCUCCAUGGCCGAAUUGCUUUCUGAUCAUCGUCUAUGGAUCAGCGCUGCCAUCUCAUUCUCCAUCUGCUCUGCCUUAGGCACCUUCAUCUUCAUCAUCUGGAGACUCGCCAUCGGCCACUGCUGUCAAAUCAAAAGCAACGAAGAACUUGCCAACAACCCCCCUGUCUUUCUUACCAAAAAAAACACCCCCACUAUCUUCAGCCCCAUGCUCAGAUCCAACCUCUCCUUCAUCGACAAGCUCCGACGCAAUGACUUCCCCUCCCCUCUCCAGGUCAUCGGCCGUGGCGGCUGUGGCGAGGUCUACAAGGCUGAGCUCCUUUUUUCCGGCCAGAAAAUCCCCAUCGCUGUCAAAAAGGUCCUCCAACCACCCCUCGACGCCACCAACCUCAGCGAAGUACAAAACAGGCUCCUCCACUUCCAGAUGAAGCAAAUACGGUCGGAAAUCUUCACCGUCGGCCAGAUGCGCCACCCAAAUCUCCUCCGCCUGUUGGCAUACGUGCCACAACCUGAUUGCCACUACCUUGUCUAUGAAUUCAUGCACCAUGGCUCUCUGCAUGACGUGUUAAAGCGCGGAGAUCUCGAGCUGGACUGGCCGACUCGCUAUCGAAUCGCUCUCGGAAUCGCCGCUGGCCUCGAGUAUCUCCACGAUGUGCACCGGCCAAGAAUUAUACACAGAGAUUUGAAGCCAGCAAAUAUCUUGCUCGACGAUGGACUAAACGCCCGGAUCACCGAUUUCGGGCUGGCAAAGGUGGUGCCAGAUUUUAUCAGCGGAUCGGUGAGUUCGAAUAACAUUGCCGGAACAGUGGGCUAUAUUGCACCAGAGUACUGCCAGACAUUAUCAUGCACCGCUAAGUGUGACAUAUAUAGUUUUGGAGUGAUUCUGGCAGUCCUGGUUACUGGAAAAUUUCCGAACGAUGAAUUCUUUCAGAUGACUGAUGAAAUGUGCAUUGUUGGAUGGGUGACGAGCGUGUUACAAUCGGACGAUCCAAAGAUGGCUAUUGAUCCGAAUUUGGUGGGGUGUGGGUUUGAGGAGCAGAUGUUGCUCGUGUUGAAGAUUGCUUGUUUUUGUACAUAUGAUGAUCCCAGUGAGAGGCCUAGUAGUAAAGAUGUUCGAUGUAUGCUAUCUCAGAUAAAGCAUUAAUAGAUUAGCAAACGUUUUUACUGCCCCAUAGA